CCCAUCACCACUAGUAAUAGCGGAUUCAGAAUCGUCGUCGUCAUCGGUGCAAACAUUCUAAGGUCUCCCAACAAAUGCCAGCCCUUGACGCGAACCCAUCCUCAGGGAGGAAUAUCCGCCAGCAGCAUCCAGCUAUUACCACUUUCGCCGUCCUCGCUACCUUUCUAACACCCUUCACGAUCAUUCCUUACGUCUUUAUCAACAGACGCAUGACCCACUUGUCCCGACAACUGGAGCAAUGGGCUGCGAGCACGAACGUGAUGCAAAGGAACUUGCAGACAUUGGCCCGCGAGGCGGCACUGCGGAAGGAACUAGACGUCGUACGAAACGAGCUCUUGCUUCUCCGGCAGAACUCUGAGUACCAUCGCACUCGAACUGAAUUAUCCGACGUCGCCAUCAGAGCUGACCUGUUGAAGCAUUCUUCGGAACUGAGGCAGACAAGGGAGCACCUGUAUAGUGUGCUCCCUCAGCUUGGGCUGUCACUGGCUAAUAUCGCAGAAUUCAUGCAUGAAGUACAAUUAUCCAUGGGGAUGACGUCAGCUGCAGAUAAGCAUGGUAUCGAAAGGCUGCGCGACCUUGCAUUGAGAUUGUAUAAACCUCCUCACUCAAACACACCGCUAAGCAACCCUCAAGAUGAUAUUUAG